CUUCUCUUAACCCAAAAAUCUAGAGAGAGAAAAUCCAUGGAUAUUACAGACAUCUUAGAGAGAGAAAAAGAGGAAAAACAAUAAAUAGGCCAAACAAAAAGUGAAAAAAAGGAAAGCAAAGCAAAAAAGAAAAAAAAGAAAAAAAAAAGAGCAGAGUGGAGACAUUAAAGCAGUUGCUGGUGUAUUCAUUUGGUUGAUGUUGGAUAAUCAACAAGGCUCCUUCUCCUUGCUUCUUCCCAAGGUCAGAUUCGUGUUUUCCCCCUCCGCCCCAUGCUAAUCGCCGCCGCCGCCGCGUUCCAAUCAAUCGGGAGCAGAAUCGGCAACUGUGUCGCCGUCGGCGGAUUCUGGAGGGAUGCGGCGGCGAACGGCGGCGUGAACCUCGCCAAUCACGGCGUUUGCUGGCCUCGCGUUAGCCGCCGCAGUGUUCUACACCACUAGGUGAAGAGAUAGCGGAGGAAUCUUCGACGGACUGAGAAAUCCGGUGUUGUAACCCUAGGGAGACUUAAUUUAAUUAGUUAGGCGAAAAAUUGGGGGAAAAUUUAGUGAUAAAGUGUUCAUAGAUGAGAGCUCUAAGACGAAGUCAGACUUCGUCAAAAUCUUCGUCGCCGUCGUCGUCGUCUCCGCCGACUUCGUCGUGGAUUCAUUUGAGAUCGGCUUUGUACAUAGUAGCUUCCUCAAAUUCAUCACCAGCCUCUUGUUCUUCUUCCUCUUCUGAUCGUGGUCGCCUCAAAUCCCCAUGGUCUCGGAGAAAAAGGAAACAUAUACUCUCACCUCAGCAGUGGAGAAGUUUGUUCACUCCUGAUGGAAAACUCCGUGACAAUGGAGUUAAAUUCCUGAAGAAAGUUCGAAGCGGAGGUGUUGAUCCUAGUAUCAGGGGAGAGGUUUGGCCAUUUCUUCUAGGAGUCUAUGACCUGAGAAGUACCAAAGAAGAAAGAGAUACUACUAAAGCCAAGAACAGAAAGGAAUAUGAAAAACUGCGGAGGCAGUCUCGACGACUCCUUAAGCAUGUUAGUGAACCUUCUAAGUUAAGUGAAAAUGGUGAAACAAGUAAUACAGGUGAUGGAAGUAUCACUGAAGGGAUUGAUUCUCCUGGCUCUGAAGAGGUGGUGAGUGCCAGACAAUCCCUUUCGAGUGAGGAAGCAUUCGAUAAUGAGGAUGAAUUCUGUGCCACCAGCUCAAUUAUGAAUGGGUAUGAGGGUUCAAAAAGAAUUGUAGAUUCCAUCCUCUCCGAGUCAGAGUCCUCAGAUUCUGAAUCCUCAGAUGAUCCUGAAUUGAGUCAAACUUUCGACUUUACAGAAAACACACAGGACCAGGCCCCUGAAAAUGACCUGUCCUUAAAGGAGGAUUCAUCUCCUUCAAGCAUGGAUGUUCGGUCUCAACCAUUCAGUAGGGAGGAUUAUGCCACCUGGCAGCGAAUAAUCCGCCUAGAUGCUAUCCGGGCCAAUGAGGAUUGGAUAUCGUACUCCCCGACACAGGCCACAGUGACAGAUGCAAAAGCCCGACGUGCUGCUGAGGCAGUGAGGCUGAAGGAUUACGACCACCUUAUUCCUAGCAGGAUCUACCAUGCUUCUCGUUUGGUAGCCAUUCUUGAAGCUUAUGCACUUUAUGAUCCUGAAAUCGGCUAUUGCCAGGGAAUGAGUGAUCUACUUUCUCCCAUAAUAGCUGUGAUGACGGAGGACCACGAAGCUUUCUGGUGCUUUGUGGGUUUCAUGAAGAAGGCUCGUCACAAUUUUCGACUCGAUGAAGUGGGUAUCAGAAGGCAGCUGAACAUUGUCUCUAAAAUCAUCAAGUACAAGGACUCACACCUCUACAGGCAUCUCGAGGAGCUCCAGGCCGAGGAUUGCUUCUUCGUUUACAGGAUGGUGGUCGUGCUCUUUAGAAGGGAACUAACUUUUGAGCAAACUCUAUGCCUCUGGGAAGUCGUGUGGGCCGAUCAGGUUGCCAUCAGGGCUGGUAUCGGGAAGUCUGCUUGGAGCAGGAUUAGGCAGCGGGCCCCUCCAACCGAUGAUCUUUUGCUCUAUGCUAUAGCAGCCUCUGUCCUUCAAAGGAGGAAGCAAAUCGUAGAGAAAUACAGCAGCAUGGACGAGAUUCUAAGGGAGUGCAAUUCGAUGGCCGGGCAUCUCGAUGUGUGGAAGCUUCUGGAUGAUGCGCACCACUUGGUCGUCAACCUCCAUGACAAGAUGAAGACUUCCUGAGUAUGUAACUUACACCCUAAUUAUCGCAAAGUCUAUCAUUGAAGAAUUUUCUCCAUUAGGUUUCUUGGAAAACCGCAAACUUGGUGCUUGUUUCGGGUGAAGGUAGCAAAGCUCCUAAGCAACGGGGCUGCUACGACUGUUCUUAGGUCUUUUCAUAUAGGCAGUUUCCAAUUAGAAAUCUUUGAUUCCAUCUGUAAUUCUGUACCUCUACACUUGAAAAUUUUCAGCUGAAGCUUAUUUCAUUUUGUGAACAA